AGACUGAAGCCAUUUUUUUAAUAUACAUAAUUUUACAUUAGGCCUAUUGUUUUUCUUUUAAGGUUUUAUAUCGAAAAUAAAAGCGAUUAUCUCUUGAAUAAAGGGAGCUAGCCACAUUCCUGCAUAUUUAGGCUAUUUAGCCUAACCAGCCAUAGGCUAUAACAAGCACAGGCCCUAAAUUAUCUUACUCCAGUUACUUACAACAGUGAGAUAUGAUAUUACAACAGUUUAUCUACAUAAAGUAGAAAGAGGUGGGCCGUUUGGUCGAUAGGACGGAUGACUGAUACAAAUAACCGUUGAUUGGUCUGAGCAUGGCGUUCUUUUGCGUUACUUUGUAUCAUUGGCAUUGCUUACUUGUCAAUUUGAUGUCGGCGGUUUUCAGCCACCAAUGAGAUUAUCACCAACUCGUCAGCUGAUGCAGUCUCAUAUUUGUAUGGAGACUCGUUUCGACUAGUGGCGUUUGAGCAUCUUUCAACCUCUCUUUUAGGUUCGGGUUUGGAAUAUCCUGUUCAGGAUGGCCACACGCAUUCGACCAAGCAGCAAAAGGUGUGCUGUCAUCGGUGGGUCAGGGUUCCUUGGGAGACACCUGGUGGAGAAGUUGCUGGAGAAAGGCUACACAGUUACAGUGUUUGACAUUCGACAGAGUUAUGACCUCCCUGGAGUGGCAUUUCAUGAGGGGGACCUUUGCGACAAACAGGCUUUACUUAAAGCUUUACAGGACGUUUCCCUGGUGUUUCACUGUGCCUCUCCAGCUCCUGCCAGUGAUGACCGUGCACUAUUCCAAAAAGUCAAUGUUGAUGGCACCCGCACUGUCAUACAGGCGUGUCAAGAGAGUGGAGUGCAGAAACUGGUUUUGACGAGUAGUGCCAGUGUGGUGUUUGAGGGCAGUGACAUUAAAGAUGGGAAGGAGGAUCUUCCAUAUGCGGAAAAACCUAUUGACUACUACACUGAGACCAAGAUUCAACAGGAAAAGCUGGUCCUUGAGGCCUGUAACAAGGAUAAAGGCUUCAUCACGGUCGCCAUUCGGCCCCAUGGCAUCUUUGGCCCUAGAGACCCUCAGCUUGUGCCCAUCUUGGUGGACACUGCUCGCCGCGGAAAGAUGAAGUUUAUCAUAGGUGACGGCUCUAACCUAGUGGAUUUCACUUUUGUGGAGAAUGUGGUUCAUGGGCAUAUUCUGGCUGCGGAGCACCUGAAGCCAGAUUCACCACUUUGUGGCAAGGCCUACCACAUCACCAACGACGAGCCUGUGCGCUUCUGGGACUUCAUGUCCCAGGUGCUGGUGGGGCUGGGCUACGACGCGCCACGCUACCACCUCCCCUACCAGCUGGUGUACGCCAUCGCCCUGCUGCUCUGGCUGCUGGCCCUGCUGCUCCGGCCGUUGGUCCGCUUCAAGCCCACCUUCACCCCCAUGCGCGUGGCCCUGGCGGGCACCCACCACUACUACAGCUGCUCUCGGGCAAAGCAGGACAUGGGCUACCGGCCGCCGGUCAGCCUGAAAGACGCCAUCACCCGAACGGUCGAGAGUUACCCGCACCUGCGGAAGGGAGCCUAGCGUGGCUGCUGACCUGUUUAGUUCACGACUCGCACACAUGCGCUGCCUGGUUGGGUGUCUGUAAGACUGGUUUGAAAAAGACUGUCUAAAUGUGUGGACACCGCUGCUAAUUGUGAGCCAUUGUAUGUGUUGAACUGGAAAUCUAUAUGUUCUCUACUGUAAUAUGCAUAGUAUGCAUAAAUGAAUGCAUUUCAACUGCCACCUCACCUGGUCUGAUACCUCAUCUCCAGGAAUGUUACUAUGGUUACCUUCCUAUGUGAGUGUGUGUGUGUGGUGCUGUGAACUCCUCUUCAGCUGGGUAAGUGUGUGCCACACGCAACAAAAGGGCUGACGGAUGUUUAGGAAUUCACUUGUUUGUCAAAGCCCAUAUACCAGAUUCCCAUUUGAAAUUCACACGUCAUGCCUUAAUGGGUUACACCUGAGUAUGGCUCAUCUGCUGGGACCAACAUUCCUUAGAACUGAAAAGUUAUGUUGUUGAAAUUAAUAUUUGACAAGCAGUUAAAUGAAAAACAAUCAGCAGUUAAAACAGUUAAUUUUAUAGUUGUAAUUACCAUGCCACUUUGUAUGCAUAGCACUUUGGAAUGACUUAUUCUCAUGCACAUAUUUGACAUUUUCCCAAAUGAAGAUGUUUCCAAAACCUUC